GCCACCUCUUGCGUUGCGGACCGAUCAGAGCAAGAGGCCAGUGUUCGGAGUGGUGCCGCGAGCGCGGGUAAAUUUGCCGUCGCCGCCGUCGUCGUUAUCAUUGGCAACGUCGUCAUUUAUCGUUAUUUAUCGUCGUUCUCGUCGUUGUCAUCGUUAUCAUCGCCGUCUCCAUCGUUAUCGCUACGCUAUCGGGUCGCCCUUCGUCCUCGUUAUCUCUUCACAUGGUUCCAACUACCCCUUACUUCCUUUAUCCUCGUCUUCCUAAUAUACACGCGCUCACUUCCGGUGCCAACAUCCGUCGCAAGAAGUCAGAAAAAGAGGAUUACCUUUUCCAAUUCCCCCACUACGUCUUUUUCAUGUACAGGCUACCAAAAGGGCCGUAGCACGUAUAGUACGACCUAUUUAGACCAUGAUUGGCUCGAGUGUUACCCUCACGCUUCCCUCGAUGACCAGUCUCACCCAGACGAACUCUCGAUUCACAAUCAGUCGGAGCAGAGUAGUCAUCAGAGACACAUUCCCAAAGCUACCAGAAGAGGAAUCGCAUUCGAGGACAGACGAGUCGACGGCGGUCGCUUAUCAUUCACCGUUCGUCAUCAAUUAGUCUCGCGUGAAUUUCGGGGGGAUCGUCUCUCGACCACCGCCGUUCGCCAUCACGUUCUUCCGUUCUCCGCGCUCGCGAUUGUGCGUUUAUAUGUGCGCGCGCGCGCAUGUGUACCGCGCCGGACUCAGUCGUCGCUUUGUCCUCCUGUGCUUCUUGAUAGGCCGUUCUCGACGACGAUAAGAGGGAGACCGCGCCGUUCAGGAUGCCGCAGUGCGCGGUGGCCACGUGCCGCAACAGCCAUCGCCGGACCCGCAAGCAGUCGGUGCGAUACCACCGUUUCCCGCACAAUACCGAAUUGCGCGAGUCAUGGGUACGUGCAUGUGGCCGUGCACCUUUGGCAAAUGGAGAACCUCCGUUCAACAUCAAGACGGCGCGAAUCUGCUCCCGGCACUUCCUGGAGGAAUUCUACGAGGAUGAAAGCAGGGAGCAGAUCAUGCAAGGCAAUCAGAAGAGGAACCGACUGCGCUUGGGCGCGGUACCUACCAUAGAUGUGCCAGUAUUAGUAGAGCCUUGUUUUAAGUUGCUCCAUGAGACAGAUAAGAAACGGUCUGCAACACGUGUUAAAAUUUCGAACAUCAUGGCGGCUUCUAAUCGACCGGAUACUCGGCAACCCUAUAAAAGGACCCACGAGGUCAAGGAAGAAGAAGAAGUUGCUGAAGAAGACGAAGGUAGCAAUGAAGCUAAGACGGUUUCUCCUGUUAUCAAAGAAGAACGUGCUGAACGAAAUCAGAGGAAACGUCCGAAGUUGGACCAACAAGAAUGUUUUCUAAUGGCGAUUGGUCUUAUACACGUCAGCAAUGUAUGUUUAAACAACAAAAUGCACGCGAUGGAGGGUGCGGCCGAGAGUAAGCGAAAGGUGGAUACCGCAGAGGACGACAAGACAUCCAGAUCGUCGCCGUCGCCGAAAGUACCUCAGAGCCAGCAGAACGGCGCCGCUCUUCCGGAGGAAACAGCGGCGGCGCCGACGGCAUCGGUGGGUCGCCCACGCAAGAAGAAGGACGAAUCGCGCUGCGACACUGAGACUCCGAAUACUAAGGGCAGACAGCUGCUUGCGAGUACGUCGCGACAAAGUGCGACGACUCCGAGUGAUGUCGUACAGCCGCGUCAUGUUAAGGCAGGGUCUGAACCGAUUGAGAUUAGAAAACGGAAGUCUACUCUGCAAGUUUCGCCUCAUUCAGGAAAUCCUCCUAAAAAGAAAUUUCGCGACAACUACACACGAGAAGAAUACAUUUCGAAUAUUGUGGGCGACAACAACGAAAGUAUCGAAGACCUUGUGGCAAAAGCUGAUCGAUUACGAGCCGAUAUUGUAACACUUGAAAACUUAGCACAUGCCAAAGAAAUGGAAUGGAAUGAGAUCUUGAGGAAGAGGAAACUUAAAGAGGAGGCAUAUCUGAGGCUCGAAAGGAAGAUACAAACAACAGCCUACAUGGAAAAUGACGGUCAGUUGUCGGAAACUUUACCGCCACGAUCAUCUGUGAGUUCGGCCGAAUGGGAGAACAACGGCAGCAAUUCCGUAUCGAAGGAGAGAUCUUUCGAAACUAAGGAGGAUCCAGGUGAGAGAUCUUCGGAUUCAUCGGGUUCGAAGAAAGAGAGAACCCCGAAAACUAGUUCGCAACAACGAGCGACUCCUCCGAAAACCAAUGGCGAGAGCAGUCGUAAACAGAAUGAGGUGUCGAGUCCGGACAGUCGACAGAUUGGAGAAGGCCGUCAAGGUGCAAUAGUGGAUGUCAGAUCCAUUAUUGCCGACCACAGGCUUAAACAUCCAGAAACCGUACCAAGGAGAGGACGACGAUUGAGAAAUUCGAACGUGAACAUCAAUCUCGGUGCUGGCGGUGCCAUGGUUGAAACUGGACACAAUGCUGAUUCAAGACCGUCUAGCACAGAAUCGUGCAAGAGCAAUCCAAGUACGAACGAUCCCAUGAACUAUAAAGACAUGCUAGUACAAUUUGCUAAGCUGAGUCAGCAAGGUGAACCUGUCAAGGUACCGCAGAAUUAUCCAGAUGUGACGCUUCAUCCUGUGACACUUUCGUCUGCCCAGAAUACGUCUCAGCCAACCGGCUCAUUGCUCCACGGAAUUCUAACAAAAGCUCAAACGCCGAGAUCCUCGACUUUUUCACCUACUUUAGCAAGAUUACUCACUGCGCCUGAAAGAGAAAGGAGUUCUCCGGCGGCCGCGGCAGCGGCGGCGGCGGCGGCGGCGGCGACAUCAGCGUCUAUGUCGCAGCCAAGCGCCACGACUCAGCACCUUUUGCAGACAUACCAAGGCUCUAAUAUGGUUUCUAUAAAUGAUCUCCUGUCUUCUUCCAAGGCUCGCACAGAGAUAACUAUAACCCCCGUCGUUAACACUCCAGCGCAAUCUCACUCCAACGAUUUAAUUCAAGUGGAAGAUGUAGAGGACGAAACGUCGGUAAUUGAUGAUAGGAAAGGAAACUCAGUGAUUGGAAGAGAUGGUAAACAAAUGGUGAAGGACAAUCCACCUUCACCAAAUGCUCCGCCAAAAUGUCAGGGAUGUAUAAUUCGACCCGCACAGUUUGUUUGCGCCGGAUGUGGAAAUCAGUGGUAUUGUAGUCGUUCAUGUCAGGUACAUGUCAUGUCAAGUGCACACUUGCUGCAUGGGCAACACACUCCGAUCACUGUCCGCCGGAGCCCGAGAAUAGCAAAACGAAGACCAAUGUUUAACUCCCGAGAUCCCUACAUGUCCGGUGUAUACAAUGGCAUCAGGCGAGAGAUAUCGGCAUAACUGAGUACGAAUCUAGUCAAGGAAGAAGGUUCAAGGAUAUAAUUCAUAUUGAGGGACAAAUGAGAUGCGAAGAGAAUUGAAAAGGGAUUAUCGUGUGUGUGUAUCGUAUUGAUGUAAUAUUGGAAAGAUCCUUGUCGAAGAGAAUGGAUGAUGUCCUAUUUAUUACAAGCAUUUACUGAUCUCCCAUCUUGAAGGAGGUUUCACGCUAUCACGUUCUGUUCUUUGCAGAACGAAUUCGUGAAUUUUCUUGCACUUUGCUCGAGCUUUAGAUGAUGAAAAUUGUCUUCUUUCGAUGAUGAAAAUUUCGAUGACGCGAUAAUCGAUGCCAUUGGUUAACGAGCCUUGUGUGUUAUGUAUAAUUCUUUUUCUUUUAGACUUUACUACAUACACUAGUCGAAAAUUUUUGAAUGCUCGAAAGAUAAGCGGGAAAGAGAAUAAGUAAUUUCGUAGCGCUUUGUGGGAGUGGAGCACAAUACUAAGUAACGCGAUGCUGUAUAUAAUUUUAUACAAUUUAAGAGAGUUAUUCAGCGUCGGAUUUUAGAACGUCGAUUAAUCGCGUGCCAUGUGUAAGAUCGGGGGCGGAUUGGCUAUCAGCCCUCUGAAAGAUAUCGAGAG